GCUAUAAUCAUUUUCAACACUAAGUGUUCACAUCCUAAUCCUAAUCCUUCUUGUUCAUUUUGGCAAUAUUUCCUGAAAAAAAUAAUCUGUCGAUGAAGAGCUGUGAUUUGCUCAAAAGCUGCAGAGGAAGUGAAUGAAUUUUAAAACCAGUGGAGACUCUUUUUUUUUUUUUUAACAUUCAGUGAUGUGAUAUUCCUUCAUAUUUAUGACUGCGUUCGUAUGGUUUAGACAUAAGCAACAAUUAAAGAACAUGGUCAUCAUCUGUGGUCGUGGUCAUGUCAACUUAACUUCCUUAAAUCAUGAGGCUGGGGAAAUGUUUUUCAAUAAUCCAAAAUGUCAAACGUUGCUCAGACUGGUGCAGGAUGUUGCUAAACGUUAUGUGAUAGAGAACAGUGUCAUGCUGCGAUACUGUGUUGCAUCAGGUCAGUGGGUGAUGGCGCGUGUCAGCUGGUCCGGUGGGAGCAUGCUGCUGCUCUUUUGGAUCUUCAUAGCAGUUCCUCCGUCCCUCCUGCAGCCUCCUCUCCCUCCUUCCCUGCCCGUCCACAUGUCAGUCGUCCCCCCUCCUUGGCAGUUCCUCCCCCUGUCCCAGGCGGAGCUCGGCCCUCUUUUCUCCAACUCCAGCCCCUUCUCCUUCUCGAAGAGCCUCUUCAUGGUGCCCCCACCCAGCUGGGGCCCCCGACCGGGCCUCCAGGCUUCAUUUGGCCCUUACUCAGUGACAGAGCUCGUGUCAGAGGCCAUCCUCCCUCUCUCCCCCCCUCUGUCUGCCUCCCUCCUGUCAGAGCAUGUGGAGAGAGAGAGGGAUGAGGAUGGGCAGGAAAGGUUCAGGGUGAGGACACUGUUCCACAAGUGGGGUGAGACCAACCCCAGGAGGACCUGUGUUACCCUGCAUGCCUUCAAAGAGACCGAGGAGCACAGGGCCUCCUGUAUAAUACAGCCUCCACUAGGGCUAUGUGUGGUAACUCUGACCCUGCCCAAUGACUGGUUCGAGGUUCAACGCACAAACCAAUCACAUAAGGAUUCAAAGAAGUGGCGUGGUGGCAUCCACCCUCACAACCCCGUCCACAGGCGGGAGCGGCUGCGAGGACAUCACCACGGCGGCCUUGUCAACCGUCAGCGUGGGACUUCUCCUUCACUUAGAUUCCAUCCAGGUGUGGAUGGGGACCCCCGGGCAGAUGUUCCGCAGGCCCUCAGAUACCCAAAGGGCCCCACGAGAAACCAGAUACAGCUUUACUACUCCGCCUUCGACACAGUGGCCAACCCAAAGCUAACACCACCAGGAUGUGUGGAGGACACGGACGCUCAGUCCCAGAGGCAGCUCCUCCAUAUCAAAGCAGUGGCACUGAGGGAGGAGGAGGAGCGGGAGAGCAGGACCAACGGACAAGAAGCCUGCUUGAACAGACAGGAAGAGGAGGAACUUAGCCUGGACUCACACGUCGUGAUUCGCUACCACAGGGGCCCGGUCCUGAUAGGACAGCCAAUCAGGAUGUCUGUGAAUCUGAGGUCCAACUUCAGCGCUGAGUUCGUUGUCAUAAGGCUGAAGGUGAAGAAGGGCUUGGUGUCGAUGGUGGCCCAGAGGACUCUGACCUCCGACCUGUGGACAGUGAACCUGGAGAGGAGUCAAGGCUCCAGACACGACGUGGUGUCCAUCCUCUGCCACAAACACAGCACACUCCAGCACACACACAAUCCCGUUGUCCUCCAGCAGGUCGCGUGUCUGUCGGUAGACGGCCUGAGGCGGAGCUUCGGCGUCGCCAUGACAGUGUCGGCCAACUGGUGGGUGGAGUACUCGGGGCGUAGUAACCCCCCGUCGCCACGAGGGGCAGCGGUGAGCACCUUCUCGUUCACGGAUCGACACAUCUUUGGCAUUGCUCCCAUCACAGAGAGUAACAAGAUCAUCAACACCGCCAUACUGACCAACCAGCCAGUGUCACUUCCUGUCAUUGUGCUGGCCGUAAGCCGCGGUGGGAGGGUGUCGGACGUCUCCUCGGCCGUCACGUGCCACUCCACCAAUGAGAACACUGUCAAGGUGUCCAGUGAUUGCUCCACCCUCUUUGUGGAUGGCAGCGAAUCAGGAUUGGGCAACACCUGUGCCGUGGUGGAGUUCGUCCUGGGCACGCUCAGCGGCUCGGUGUGCCUCGAGGUGUGGGCCCCGUCGGUGCCCCUGCGGGUGUCGUUGUCAGACGCCGUUCUCAACGCCAUCAGUGGCUGGAACCACUUCACGGAGGACGGGUGUGUGCCGGUGUAUCAGCGCUCCGCGGUUCAGGUUCUGACUCAGUUCACCGCUCAGGACUCACGCAGCAGGACUGUACAUCUCUUACACUCGUCCGAUUGGUUCGUGGAUGUGACAGAGUUGGUCCAUGAUUGGCUAAGAGUAGAAGACCCGGGAGUGGCUUCCAUCGGCACCCAGAACGACCUGAUUGGUUUACGGCCGGGAAAGACGUCACUCCAUGUUGUGUCUGAGCAGUGGGACGGUGUGCUGGGCAGAUGUGACAUCACUGUGACCUCCGACCCUGUGACCCCUGCCGACCUGUCCGUGCAAGUGGUCAGCGGCCUCGGUAUGUCAGUCACGGGAAGCCCCGCCCACCCCUCCAUCGUCACGACGACGGUGACGGCCUACAACAUCCUGUACAGCCACCAGCAGGAGGCCUCCAUCAGCGCCUGGCUUCAGUUUAGCGACGACACCGCCUCCCUCCUCUCCUCGUUCAGCGACCUCCCCCAUUUCCUGCGUCUCUCCUCACUGGCUGAGACUGUGGUGGUGGUCACACCGGGCCCCAACCAACGCAUCUUUGCGCAGGGCGACGGAGGGGGGCCUCUACUGCGAGCAGAACUGCUGGUUUCAACGUGCACUGACCAGCCAAUCACCUCCAACUUGAUCACUGAAGGCAUCACGGACUGGACAGACGCCGGAGGAGGGGGCAGGACGAGGAGGCUGGCGACGGGAUCCGGUUGGAUAAGAGUUAACCUUGACCUGGGCUUCCUGCAGCCAGCACGGGACAAGGAUGAGGAGGGUGAGGAGUUUGAGUUUGACAUUUCAGACAUGCUGGUGGAGUCGGACAGCAACGUCUAUACGUCCAACUUUGACGAGGUCAACAGAGGGAAUGUGAGCCACGACUAUUCUGACAACCUGAGUGCGAGGGUGACUGAUCGGAAGUGGAACGAGGUGGGGAACGGAGGGAUGGUCAGUCGGAACAACCUGGAGAGAGCUGCGCUGACGCCGAGCCAGGAGGAGAGCUCUGUGUACUUCUCCCCGAGCCAGGAGCAAGAAGGAGAGAGGGGCGAGGGGGGCCACGACCGGGGAGCUCGAGAGUUGGAGGUCGGCGUGGGCGCCGUCCUCUCUCUGCUCGGCCUCUCCGCCGUCCUCUUCCUGGCGAACUGCCUGCCCUGCGCCCUGCGCGACAGGAGGAAGGCGGCGGCCGAGGAGGGGGCGGAAGGGGAACUCGAGGGAGGCGCGCUGGAGAAAGGUGAGAGGAUGGAGAAAGAGGCAGAAGACAGCGAGGCAGGGAAGAGGGAGAAGACAGAGGGUGAGGACCAGAUCAAUAAGGAGGAUGUCAAACAAGUAGAGAUCGUUUGCUGACCCACUCACAGGCUUCGGCUCGAACAUGACGCUGCAGUUGAAACCUCUUCAAGGUCUAAACCUGCUCUUAAAAUGUCAAGCUAGUAAAAGGUGAAGUGACUGAACAGUCUGUUGUGAGGCUCUGGUCCUUUGAGGAAUAAAAAAGAUUGAACUACUCCUUCAAACUCUGCAUGCAAUGAAUAUACGAUGGUCUUUCAGCAGCAGGGGUUGUUCAAUGUGGCACUGUAAGGAAAUAUUUGGAAAAGUAUUAAACCCACUGUGAAGAACAACAUUCCAUCAGCGGUUAAACCACAGCGUCGCUCUAAUACACUGUGUACAGACUGCGGUCGCUCUCGCCCACAGCGGAACCGUGGCGUCGCUCUGUUUAAUCUGUACUUUUGGUUGCACGUCCUCCGAGCCGAGGUCCGUGGUUUGGAAACAGUAGAAUGUGAUUGUGAUCUAGUUUGAACAUACCCGUGGGCCCAUUUUGCCAUUUUUCCCACAAACCAUUUAAAAUGAUGUUUUUGUCAUUGGUUUAUAUGUUUGAUUAUGGACGUGAGGUGUUUGUUUCAACGACAAGAAAUGUUUUUCUCCUCAAGCAAAAUGGGGAAAUAACUGUCUCACCUUGUAAACCUUUGUAGUCCAGAUGAAUCCUGGGACAGCAUCACCACAAGUAGCCCUGAACUGGCUGACUUAGGGAAAAACUACAAAAAAUAAAGCUUUGUUCAGUCCUAA